AUGGCUACGCUAUCCCCCGCAACGUCGCCCAAGAUCGUCAAGCGAAAGGGCUCAGUUCGUCGUCCUAGAAAUGUUGAUGCUCUCGAAACACACAACGCCGGCGUUAAUGGCAUCCGGAACUUUCUCAAAGGACACACCUGCUACGAGGCUUUUCCCGUCAGCUUCAGACUCAUUGUCUUGGAUACAGAGCUCAACGUCAAGAAGGCGCUACAAUGCUUGCUCCUCAAUGGUGCUUUUUCCAGUCACAUCUUGUAUGAUUCAAUUUAUCAACUCGUCCUGUCAGGUGUGGUCUCUGCACCCUUAUGGAAUAGCUCCCAGUCCAGGUUCGCCGGGAUGCUAACGGUACUGGACAUUAUCCACUUGAUCCAGUACUAUUACCGCACAACCGCCUCUUAUGAGUACGCCACGACAGACGUGGAGACAUUCCGGCUCGAAUCCUUGCGAGGUGAGUCGGCCAAUGCCAUCCCCCAAUAUAAUGCCCAGUCUCAUAGUCUUCGAGAAAUCGAGAAAGAACUUGGUGUCGCUACACCGCCCCUACUUUCAGACCAUCCUUCGAGCUCUCUUUACGACGCCUGUAAAGUCCUCAUGCAAACACACGCUCGACGUCUUCCCCUACUCGACUACGACACUGAAACCGGUCAUGAAGUCAUUGUGUCCGUCCUGACACAGUACCGAAUGCUCAAGUUCAUUGCCAUCAACUGUCAUAAAGAAAUAUCCCAGCUCAACCAACCGUUGAGAAAACUCAGGAUAGGCACCUAUGUCGCGUCGGCCCCUAACGAGCCCAAAGAUGGCCCCAAUCCAUAUUAUCCCAUCGCGACAGCAACACUCGACACCUCCGUAUUCAACGUCGUCCAUAUGUUCUCGGAACGUGCUAUAUCCGCUGUCCCAAUCAUCGACGAUGACGGUGUUGUUUUGAACCUUUAUGAGACGGUGGACGUUAUUACACUGGUGAAGCUGGGUGCAUACCAAUCCCUGGAUCUCAAGAUUAGGGAUGCCCUUACACAACGGUCGCCCGAUUUUCCUGGAGUCGUCGUUUGCACAGCAGGGGAUUCUCUCGGGACCCUCCUACAGCUUAUCAAAAUAAGAAGAGUACAUCGACUGGUGGUUGUGGAAGGAGAGGAAGAGGAGAAACAAGGCGGUAAGAAGGGCCGUCUUCUUGGCAUCAUUACUCUCAGUGAUGUUCUGCGGUAUCUCAUCGGCGAUGUCGACAUCCCUGAGGUGCAAGAACCACCAGAGUCUUAG